CUCGGGCCGGGCGGGGGCGCCGCGGCCAGGCGCCGUCGGUGGAGCGGGAGCGGCGGAGCCCAUCUUGCUGCCGCUCGGCGGCCGCGUUCGGGGAGGAGGGCCCUAGGCCGGCGUGCGGCCAAUCCGGGCGGGCGCUGGCGGCGAGCAGGGCAGAAUGGGCUGUAGUUUAGUGAAAUAGGAAAGCUGCGAACAGUGUGGAGUGUGCCUGGUGUAAAUAAAAGGGGGGAAAAAAAAAAAGUUUCUGCAAGUCGCAGCUCUGCGGCCUCGCUCAGACGCUGGCACGGGGGCUUGUGCGUCGCCAAAAACCAACACACGGGACUUUACUGUGCUGCGUUAACACGCUCUUCCUAUUGUUUGUGUUUUUUUCAAAAUAUGGCAAAGGUUCAGGUGAACAAUGUAGUGGUGUUGGAUAAUCCUUCUCCUUUCUACAAUCCUUUCCAAUUCGAAAUCACAUUUGAGUGCAUAGAGGACCUGUCGGAAGAUUUGGAAUGGAAAAUAAUUUAUGUGGGUUCAGCUGAAAGUGAAGAGUAUGAUCAGGUGUUAGACUCUGUUUUAGUAGGACCUGUUCCUGCGGGCAGACACAUGUUUGUAUUUCAGGCUGAUGCACCUAACCCAGGGCUUAUUCCAGAUGCAGAUGCAGUAGGUGUAACAGUUGUGCUAAUUACAUGCACCUAUCGAGGUCAAGAAUUUAUUAGAGUCGGCUACUAUGUAAACAAUGAAUAUACCGAAACAGAACUGAGAGAGAAUCCACCAGUAAAGCCAGAUUUUUCUAAGCUUCAAAGGAAUAUUUUGGCAUCUAAUCCCAGAGUCACAAGAUUCCACAUUAAUUGGGAGGACAACACUGAAAAACUGGAAGACGCAGAGAGCAGUAACCCAAAUCUACAGUCACUGCUUUCUACAGAUGCAUUACCUUCAGCAUCAAAGGGGUGGUCAACAUCAGAAAAUUCAUUAAAUGUUAUGUUAGAAUCUCAUAUGGACUGCAUGUGACUAACCACCAUCAUUUUGGCAAUCCUAUGCACUGGUAUAAAUCAAGAUUCAAACCCUGUUGUGGCAAGCAUAACACACUCAAGAAUACACUGCCUGCCCUGAAGCUCUUGCACUGAGACAUCCCUAUUACCUGAGGCAUCCUUGAAGAUAAAAAGAACUAAGCAGUAAAUUGUAAAGACUUAAGACAUUAUUAUGACACUAAUAAUUUAGUUAUUCCUUCCAAUGCUCAUUAGCCUUAUACAUUUACUGUGACUGUAUGUGCAUUUAAAAUUGUAAUCUGUCAUGUCGGAUUACAGGAAUAUAGUUCUGCUAGUUACUAGUAACCACCCAAAAUUUGAACCCUUAUAGG